GUUAAAUAACCAUGAAGCUCAUCCUCGCGCUCUGCAUGUCCACGGCCGCGGCCUUCCAGUCGAAGGUCCUGCCGUCCUUCGCGCGCGCGUCCAAGAGCGCGCUCACGAUGGUCGACGAGUCGGUCGUCGGCGUGCAGGCGCCCGCGGGCUUCUACGACCCGCUCGGCCUCGUCGAGAAGGACGGCCCGGAGGCGUUCGUCCGCCGCCGCGCCGUCGAGCGCAAGCACGGCCGCGUGUCCAUGGCCGCCAUCACGGGCGUCCUCGUCCACAACGCGGACAUCGAGUUCCCUGGCUACCUCUCCAAGUCGGCGGACCUCAAGUUCUCCGACGUGCCCAACGGCUUCAAGGGCAUCUUCGCCGUCCCCCCGGCGGGCCUCCUCCAGAUCCUCCUCUUCGUCGGCCUCGUCGAGCUCGCGUGGUGGCCCGCGAACAACUACAGCGGCGACUACGGCUGCGGCUUCUUCGGCGCGACCUACGAGGGCGAGGAGAAGGUCAAGAAGCUGAACGCGGAGAUGGCCAACGGCCGCCUCGCCAUGCUCGGCAUCGCCGGCGCCAUGUUCGGCGAGGGCCAGACGGGCCAGACCCUCGCGGAGCAGUUCGACACGCUCCACUUCUCCAUCCUCUAAGCGGCGACGUCGACGUCGACGGCGAGACAAUCCCCCCUGAAGCGCCCCGCCUGGCCGCUGCUUAGGACUCCCCCCGGAAGGCCGGUAAGAGACGCCGUCUUCUAC